AUGAAAAGGGAGGUAGAGGCCAGAAGUUGCCUAGCCAAAACCAGCAAAAGAGUCAAAAAUCAAAACCAGAAAAGAAAUACACAUGCGAAAAAUCCACAGACCAAUAGUGAGUCAAAGAAAUCAACAGCAAUACAGAUUUUUGGGCCUCAUUAUUCUACAACUUCUCGCAUUUCUUCUGGUGAAUUUUCUUGUGCCAAAACUUUAAUAGAAUACGACAAUGGCAAAACCUUGGAAAUCAAGGGAGAAACCACCCAAGAUCAACAUAGCGCUUCAAGUAACAGCAACAAUGUCAAGAAUGAUCCGAAGAAAUCAACAGAUAGACCAGAUAGUGCCCCGUAUACUGUUCUCCACUGCAGUGAAUUUUUGGAAUUUGAAACUGUUUUUGUGAAACAAGAGAAGGAAGAGCAAAAUGCCAUUUCUGAGGGAAAUCAAUUAGAUGAACCGUGUAUAACUACUAAAAUUUCAUCUGGCAAUAAUUCUAGUGCCAAGGAUUUACCUUGUUUGAUUGAAUACGACAAUGACGAAUCCUUGGAUAUCAAGGAAGAAGUCAUCCAAGAUCAAGGGACAGUCACUGGACAGAAAUUUGAUGAAAAACAUGAGUGGAAGCAAAAGAAACAGAAAAUUCAUAAAUCAAAACAGGAACCGGAAAAGAAAUACAAAUGCGAAAAGUGUGCUCGAACCUAUAAACAAAAAUAUCAUUUGACUCAACAUAGAAAAUAUGAAUGUAACGUUAUACCAAAGUUUAAUUGUAAUUUCUGUAGCAAACGAUUUGCACAGAAAAGUAGCAUGUUGCGCCACGUGGGUCUUGUACAUCUUAAGACAGACUCAAAGCCGCCGAUAUUGAGGCAUGACUGCGAUAAAUGUUCUCAAAGUUAUCGUUCAGUGAGUGGUUUAAAUCAACAUAAACGUUCAGAUCAUGCAAUCGGAAUACAGUUUAAUUGUGAUAUUUGCGAUUAUAAAACUAAACGCAAGCCUAACUUGUCAAGACAUAUGACUGCAAUGCACCUCCCUAAGUGAUAAUGGAUUUUUACGCGAAACAUCAAUCCUUACGAAAUUGCAAAUAUUAGUUGCGAAAACUAUAAAAACUAUAAAAACUUAUGUUCAAAAUGUAAACUCUUUAUUCUAGAAUUACUUCUGCGCUAAAAUUAGUUCUUCGUAAUGCAGGAUUUUUUCUUAUAUAUUUUGUUUAUUUAGCAAUUAUAUAGUUCAAGAUUGCUGUCUAUUUCCUUUUUGACUUACACGAAUUUAAUAUUUCCUUCUAACGAUUGUGUACGCUGCGUUUUUUUAAUAAUUUAAGCUAAGAAAUGUUUGUUGUA